AUGUCGAAAUCGCUAAUUAGAUUCACCGGUCACACUUUCUUUAGACAGAGAUUGGUCCUAUCUACUCUGAUAGGAAGACCUAUACGUAUAGACGCUAUUCGAGCUGAGGAUGACAAUCCUGGCAUAAGAGAUUACGAAGCUGGUUUUCUCAGGUUACUCGAGAAGAUCACAAAUGGCUCAUCCGUCGAAAUUUCGUACACUGGUACAUCAAUACUAUAUCAGCCAGGCUCAUUAGUUGGUGGAAAAGUUACACACGACUGUUCAACUUCUAAAUCAAUCGGUUGGUACUUGGAAUCAAUCAUGGUUUUAGCUCCUUUCCUCAAGAAACCCUUGAAUUUAACAUUAAAGGGUAUCACAACAGAUGGCGUAGACAUUAGCGCUGACACUCUUCGUACUGUCACUUUACCGCACCUCACUCUCUUCGGUAUAUCAGAAGGUUUAGAGCUCAAAAUUACAAAGAGAGGCGCUGCACCAUUAGGUGGUGGUGAAGUCUCAUUCAGCUGUCCAACUCUCCGUCAAAUCAAAACUCUCAAUUUCAGCGAUAAAGGUCGCAUAAAGCGUAUCAGAGGGAUCGCACAUUCCGUCAGAGUUAGCCCACAGUUGUCAAACAGAAUGGUUGAAGCGAGCAGGAGUAUCUUAAAUAGAUACAUUCCUGAUAUUUACUUAUAUACCGAUGUUUAUAGAGGUGAAGAAGCCGGUAAAUCCCCAGGAUAUGCCCUCACACUCGUUGCUGAAUCUACAACUGGAACUUUACAUACUGCAGAAGCUGUAUCUGAACCAGGAACAACCCCAGAGGAUAUAGCAAAGAAAGCUGCUUUCGGUUUAUUAGAAGAAAUCUCUCACAAGGGUGCCGUCGAUAGAUCACAUCAAUGGUUGGUACUCCUUUUGAUGUCUUUAGGUAGUGAAGAUGUUAGUAAAUGCAGAAUGGGUGAGCUCACGCCUCAUACUAUACAAUUUAUGCGCGAUUUGAGAGAUGUUCUUGGUGUUACUUUCAAAAUAAAACCUCUGAAUGACGAUGAGUACAUGCUAAGCUGCGUCGGAAUUGGUUAUACUGGACAAAAGAAAGUUGCAUAAUUUAUUAUAUUUUACCUAUUAUUUUGUUAUAGAGACAUGCUAU